CAGUUUAGUAAAAACAAAAAAGUCAACAGAUUUAUACAUGCAAGCUGAAUUGGUUGCAUGCAAAAAGGACAAUUUUUAAAUAUUUUCUAUUGUUUGUGGUUUGGUUUGUAAACUUUCAAAAAAAUGUAUCGAGGAAAACGAUAUCGAAUUGGUUCUAGUGCCGUCAAGAAGUCAGUUUCAACCACAAGUACAUUGUCUACAGUGUCUGAGAAUACCAGUUUGCUGUCUUCAUUGUCGACGGUAACAAAUCCGAGAAUAACAUCAACUCCAAAUGAAUCGGUCGCUGGCCCCAGUAAUAUUUUGAAGGAAUGCAACAAUUUACCAUCCAGCCAAUCGUCAGCGUCACAAAAUCAGCCAGCCAUCAUAUCGAACGAUGACGAUUUUGUUGUGCCAACCAGUCAAGUGAUGCAACCCAGUCGGUACAUAUCACAGCGAAGUGCCCUGCUACGAUCACAAAUAUCGUACACACAACAGACUCCAAUGUCGUAUUUUGAAAGUGUCCUGCAUCGUUGCGGAGUUAUGUUAUCAGAUCGAAAUUCCGAUGUCAGUUUAAAAUUGAAUUGUGAUCAUUUGAAAUUUGUGAUACGUUUGCGGCGAGAGCUCACAUCACAUCCAAAGUAUCCGGAAAAUGUACAAACAUUUCUUUCCGGUUUACUUGACGUUAUGAAAAAUUCCAAUCAAAUGACCAAAAUUUUGAGCAGUUGCAUUAUCACAUUGCCAAAUUCGGAUCUAACAAAAACAUCAACGGAAAGUGUGAUGAACGAUUUUCUGAUGAUUCAAUUUAUGCAAAAGGAUAUCAUUGAAAUUCUUAUGCGUAAAAUAAAGGCAUUGGCGAUUGAAGAAACGAAUGCAUCGAAUAUGGAAAUCGAACUUUUACUGGCUCAAUUGAAAUUCGUAGAUCACUUAUCGCACGGUGAUUUUGUUUGCACGGAAAUUUUUGACGCCCUCGAAACUGCAUCAACUGACGCACGCCGUACAAUUAUUAAAAGCCUUGAGGAUAUUGUCGAUUUAACUCGACACAAUGAUGUCAUUGAAAAAUUGAUGCAGCUUCUUCCGAAAGAUGCCGACUUAUUAAACGAAGAAACGAUCGACACAUUCGGAAAUCUGUGCUUGAAUCCGAGCACACAUUCUCAAAUAUGCCAGAAAAUUAUACGGUAUAUCAAGAAUAAUGCCCCAAAUGACUUGCUGCCGUGUUUCACAAAGUUCAUCCUUAAAUUUAGUACGGAAGAUGCGGUACAGUUACGUGAAUUAAUUGAAAAUUUGCGAUUGUGUUUACGGUGGCCGGAGGAAUUGCCGACAACACGUGCAAAUAUUCAGAAAAACCAACGUGACGUUUUUGGGUGUAUAUCACGUACAUUGAUACGAUCGAAGCAGCUAUUUGACGUUUGGUUAAAAUUGAUUCAAUCUAAUACUGAACGGUACAAACCAAUUGAUUUAAUAAUUUUACUAAUGAUGACGACAAUUAACGAUGAAAAAAGUGUGGCUAUUGAAAAUAUUAUUCGACGAAAGCUCAAAGCAGAUAUUAUUGAUGUUAAAUUGCUCGAGGAAACUAUACGCAUAUUGCCGAUCAUUUUGCUUGAUUAUUCAAAAGUUCUGUUUGAGUUGCUGGACAGUUUUGUGCGUGAUAAAAAUACAGUGAUUUCAAAUUUUGCAAAUGUCGGCUACCGGCUCAUAUUUGGCAUUGAAACGUGUGAUCGUAAAGUAUUGCUCUCACGUUUGGUUGGUUUUGUCUGUGAAAGAAACGCGCAAGCAAUGGUAUUGGCCGAUUCCGGAAUUGCGGCAAAUAAAUCCGCCACUCAAACGGAUCUCACAACCAGUGCACUGAUGAUCUUGAGUGAAAUCAAUCGAAAGUAUCCGUCUGAAAUGAAAUUUAAUGGCCUUCAAAUGCUGCGCUUAAUUGAUCAUUCGAGUGACUUUUCAUUGGGCCAAUUUCGUCUCGUAAUGAAUAUAAUCUGUUCGAUUGCGUACAGUGAUCCGCCGUGUGAAGAGCUCAAGGAUUUGAUCGAUAUGAUGGUGAAGAAGCAAGUGUCAAGUAGUAUUAAAAACGUAAAAAAUCGAGGAAUUAUUGGUGUCGUUCGGGUUAUCGAUAAUAUGGUGUGGGAACGGAAAGGAGAUUCAGGAUCCGAUGAUUUGAACUCUUCAUACAGUACAAUUGAAUCACUUCCAACGAGAUUGUCAAAGGUUGCUGCAAAUUAUAUUGAAUUGGCUAUAACAUCAUCGCAAAGUUGUCCACAACAUUUGGCAUUGUUCUUUGACGAAUUGGCAAGCGUAUUUGUGGAUCGUAAUCAUGAACGAUUGAAUCAUCAAAUAAACCGGCCAUUUUUGACUUGGCUAAUGGGUUUGGUGACCGGAUAUUUCGAAAAUAAUUUCAUAAUUGAUCAAUCACCCGCAUCGUCUGCACAAUGGGACUUACAAAUCAUUCGCGCACUCAAUACCGAUGAAGAAAUGGAACAAACUGAAACGGACACAAAAAUAACAAUUGCAAUUGAUAUUGCGGGCACUCUUUUGAAUCCAAGUGGAAGUGCUUUGAAUUCGGUUACGAUUCUCGCGUCUUUAUUCAAUUUGAUGCGUGUGCUAUAUUUUCGGCGAUACGAUGGCAAUUUGUCUUUGAUUAAUGCAAUUGUGGGAGCUGGUAUUGUUCUACCGCAGAGCAUGGAUCCAAUCGAAAAUGUGGAUAUUUUUGAUGAAUUCGAUGACGAUCGAGCGCGUCGUGUACUAGACAUGUAUUUUUACACGGUAAAUGUGUUUCGUGAGUGUGUGAGUGCGUACACAAGUCAACAAAAUAUGCGACAAAAAGUGCUAACACGUCUAUCAGAAAUACUUGAAUGGGAACAAAAAAUCAAAGAAACUUUGGCUUUUGCACCAGAUGAUUACGUUCCACCGACAUGCAUUUUCCUGACCGAAUCAUCGGUGUCACGCAGUAGUAUGUCACGAUUCAAGCGGCCGGGUGCAAAACGAACCACAGCUAAGAAAAAGAAGGCCAUUUCAAAAACACAAACCAGCCAACUUCCAAGCACGGCCAAUGAAACGGUCACUGACACCGCUGUUGAUGCUACCAUACAACCAUCGGCCCGAGCGAUGUCAACAAAACGAUCGAACGACUGGAGUCUUAAUUUGAACGAAUUUUUGCGGUGCAUGGAUCCGGAUGUGUUGGUUUUGUUUGAAGAAAAUCUCGUUAUGAAAUAUCCACUGCCGCGUGAAUUCGUUGGUAAAUCGUUGGGAUUGAUCGAGUUCAAGUUUCUUUUGGAAGACUUGACGCAAAAAAUUGAAAGCAUUUUUGGCGUAAGAAAAUUCAGUAAUACAGUGGAAACGUGUCAAAGCAUUGCAUUUCCGGCCGAAUUCAUUUCGGAUGUCGUUGAUGUAUUGCCACGAAUCCUGAGCCACUUCGAUCAAGUCGCCAAACAGCUUAAAGAAAUCAUUAAAAGCUCAGAAGUUACAGAAAAUAAUGAUGAUGAUGACACCGAAUCCGAAUCAAUUUCCGAAAAACUAUUCAGCGAUGAAGCAAAUAUGAUUAAAGUUUGUUUUGGCUUAUGCAUUCGUUUGGUGGCCGCUUUAUUCACUUGGCCCGAAUUCUCUGAUGAUGCCAACAAAGAUACACUGAAAAGAGCAUUGAAAGCGGUUAUUGGUGAAGCUGCUGUAGAGCAAGACAACAUUAGUGAAAUGGCUUUGGCAGCAGUAAUAAAUAUCACCAAAAGCGCCGAUGUUGCGGUUGAUUUACAUUCAGCCGUUUACAUGUUUCAUUUUGCACAAGCGGUUAUUAAACAUACAGAUGCUAAGGAUGCUUAUCACACUCAUGUUGUUACACUUUGCAAAGGAUUUUUAUCACGAAAAUGGUAUUCGUUUGAAGGACGCGAAAUGCAAGGUGGAGAAUAUAAUUCACUUUUGGAACAGCUGUUGAAGGGUUACAUAAAAGAUGCAAAAUUCUCAUUCAUUCGAUCAAACUUGCAGUGGAUCGAAACUGAAAUAAACGAUUUAAAAACAAAAGGCGGAUCACUAAUCACAUUCCCCUGCAUCAAAAUUGUGAACUAUCCAACAUUUUAUCGUGAAAUAUUUACGGCUCUGAUUGAUUCGAUGCACCGAAAACUGGAUAAAAAUGCUCAAUCAUCGAAUCAGCUCAAGCAUUGGGACAGUUCUAUCAGGAUAAUCGACAAACUCCUCAACAUUGCCAAAUUGGUUGAUCUUUCUCGUGUCUUUUUCUAUUACUUGAAGAACACACAUUCGUACAUUAAACUAUUUCUACAACAUGGAAUGACGACCAUCGAGGCAACGCUGCGCAGAAAAGUUGACGAAAGUGUAACUUUUUUGCAGUCAUUACAAAAGUCCACGCGAUUCUUGCAUACCUUAUGCUGCCAUUCAAAAACCAUAAAAGACACAGCAAUCAUUGCAUUAAUUCCGACAUUACGUGAAACUAAUUCGCAGCUGGUUUAUAAGGUAGAAGCUGCAUUGGCCGCAAACAAGUGUUUAAACAAUCAAACUUAUUGGUGUGGAAAUUUGAAGAACAAAGAUAUAUAUAAUGAAGACAUAUUGUCACAGGCAACAUCAAUUACUCGCAGCACCUUGAGUGGUGACAACGAAAGCCGGCCCUCAACCAGCUCGGGCGAAUCAAGCAGAAAAUCCGCAAGUCAAAAGGCAAAGCCAAGAAAACGCAAACUACGAUCAAUUGGUGAAGAAUACGAAGAGGCAGAAGGCGAAAGUUCAACGAAGGAACGAUCGCGUAGCCGUUGCUUUUAAGAUUUCAUUUCAAUAAUAAGAACGAUAAAAAAUUGACCAUUUU